AUGUUUAAUACUCGAUUGCUUUCAAAGUCAGGAGCUCGUUUAUCAUCCUCAUGUAUCUCUGCGACUCAACGUUCGAGGGUUACUACCAGAUCAUUUCAAUCGUCAGCUGUUAAUAACGAUUUUUUCUCAUGGUUCAAAGAUAAAAAGAAGGAGAAAACUAAAGUGAAGAGUACUAAGGAGGUUAUAAGUGAUAUUGAAGCAGGGAAGGACGUAGUUGAAAAGAAAGAUAAUGCGACUACUUUAGAAUUAACACCUGAGAAUUUUAUUGGUAGUUUUGAUAAAAAAAGAAAUGAUAUCCCACUAGAUACAGUACCCUUUAAUAGAUGGAUUUCGUUAGAUAAAGUAUCUACCGAGGCAAAAUUGAAUUCAAUUAUCCUUCAGAGUUAUAAUGAAACGUUUGGUACACAACUGAAAGAGGCUGAUAAUGAUAAAUUUACAGAAUCGUUUACAGAUAUUACGAAAAAAUUUAGUUUUGCUAAACUAUUACAAGCUAAAUCUGGUUUCGUUCUCUCAGACUAUCAAUUUACUGUAUUGACCUCUCCAAACUCAUUUAAAGAUUAUUAUCUUCGUGAAUUUGUCUCUGGAAAAUCUUUACGCUUUAAGGAAUCUGAACCAAAUGCUAUUCAUUUGAAUAAAUCAUCAUUUAAAGCACCAAAUAUUUAUAUAAUUCCAGAUGUCCCAGCAAAGGAAAAGAGACAAAAGUUUAAGACACUUGUUAAUGAAGUUAAUGAAAUAGAAAACAAGAUUACAAGUGAUGCCAUAGAAAAUGCAAAACAAACAUAG